AUGGCCGAGUGUCACUCUAUAGCGACUCUUGUUGACGCUCGUGCUAAGCUGUCCGCCUCUGACGGCACUCCAGUUGAUAACCCGACGGAGUACCGGAGUCUUGCAGGUGCUCUCCAGUAUCUCACGCUCACACGUCCAGAUUUGGCAUAUGUUGUUCAACAUGUGUGCCUCUUUAUGCAUGAUCCACGGGAACCUCACCUCGCCAUGAUUAAGCGGAUACUCCGCUAUGUUAAAGGCUCUCUGGAUCAUGGUCUCUCCAUCAGCUCCUCCUCUGCCUCGACACUGACAGUUUACUCCAAUGCCGAUGGUUAG